UUUUUUUUUUUUUUUGAGACAGAGUCUUGCUCUGUUGCCAGGCGCCAGGCUCGAGUACAGUGGCGUGAUCUUGGCUCACUGCAACCUCCGCCUCCCAGGUUCAAGCAAUUCUGCUGCCUCAGCCUCCCAAGUAGCUGGGACUACAGGUGCACACCACCAUGCCCAGCUAAUUUUUGUAUUUUUUAGUAGAGACGGGGUUUCACCAUGUUGGCCAGGAUGAUCUCGAUCUCUUAACCUUUUAUGAUCCACCCUCCUUGGCCUCCCAAAGUGUUGGGAUUACAGGCGUGAGCCACCGAGCUUGGCCUCAAAAUUUUUUUUUUUUGAAACGGAUGGCAGUUCACCUCAACCUCCACCUGCCCGGUUCAAGUGAUUCUCCUGCCUCAGCCUCCUGAAUAGCUGGGACUACAGGCACGUGCCACCAUGCCUGGCUAAUUUUUUUUUUUUUUUUUUUUGUAUUUUUUUAGUAGAGACAGGGUUUCACUGUGUUAGCUAGGAUGGUCUCGAUCUGACUUCAUGGUCCGCCCUCUUUGGCCUCCCAAAGUGCUGGGAUUACAUGUGUGAGCCACUGUGCCUGGUUGGUGAAUUAAUAUUUUUAAAACUUUAUUUAUGUUUUUCAAGACAGAGUCUGGCUCUGUCGCCCAGGCUCUGUUGCUAGACUGCAGUAGUGCGAUUUCAACUCACUGCAACGUCCACAUCCCGGGUUCAAGCAGUUCUUCUGCCUCAGUCUCCAGAGUAGCUGGGACCACAGGCAUGCACCAUCAUGCCUGGCUAAUUUUUGUACUUUUAGUAGAGAUGGGGGUUUCACCAUAUUGCCCAGGCUGGUCUCGAACUCCUGACCUCAGGUGAUCCGCCCGCGUCAGCCUCCCAAAGUGCUGGGAUUACAGGUGUGAGCCAUCGUGCCCAGUUUAAAAUUUCAUUUUAAUUCUGUUUCUAAUAUGGUGACUCUUAGUUAUUGCCCUCUUGGGGUCCUUGAUUUUAUUUAUUUAGAGACAGGGUCUUGCUCUGUCACCCAGGCUGGAGUACAGUGGUGCAAUCAUAGCUCACUGUAACCUCAAACUCAGGUUUAGACAAUCCUCUUGCCGCAGCCUCCCAAGUGGCUAGGAGUAUAGGCACUCUCUCACCACCAUGCCCAGCUGGGGCCUUGAUUUGUAACUCCUCUUUAAGGAGUUCUGAAACAAAAAGUUUUGAGAGCAACUAGAGUAUGCCUAAUAGCUAUAGUGGCUCCAACAAGAUAGAAAGCAUUUCUUUCAUGUAAUUGCCCAAGGUGAGUGGGUCCUGUUGCUCUUUUGUUUCAUGUGAUACUUCAGAGACAGAUUUUCUUUACACUAAUUUUUCUGCUAAUCCCCAGAACAGUGGGUCUCACAAUUUAGUAUGUAUCAGAAUCACCAGGAGGGCUUGUUAAAACAAAAUAUAUAAUUCUCACCUCCAAAAUUUCAGAGUCUGGGAUGAGGGUCAAGAAUUUGUAUAUCCAGAAAGUUUCUAGAAAAUGCUGAUGUCACCAGUAAGAGGAUCACAUUCUAGGGCAUUGUCCUUUUCUCCAAGGUUGGAGCUAGUUUGUAGCCAAAUGGGAAGGGGAAAGAGCAUGGAGGAAUUUGCCCACCUGUUUUAGUUCUCAACCAAGAAGUAACAAACAUUUUCUCUUUAUUCUGUUGGCAAGAUUUUAGCCUGUCUAUAGUGGAGGCUAGGAAAUGUGGUGAAGCUGAAAAACCAUGUGAUAUUUCCAUUACUAUAGGAGAGGAGGAGAGUUAAUUCUGAUGGCUAUUGAGAAACAAUACCAUCCAGACAUUGGGAGAAUAAACACUUGGCUAGGAUUAAUUAGGCCACAUAUUUUAUCAGAUAAAGGACAAGAACUUACAUAGAAAUGUGGCAAGGGAGGGUCUAGGAGGAUGGUACAUGAAAAUACAGGCGUGAGACUGUCUUAUGGAAGAUUGAGACAGAGUAACUUGGUUAGGAGGACAGAAUACAGGAGGCCAGGCAAUAGGUAACAAUGGAAACUAUUAAAAGACUUUGAAAGAAGGCUUAUUGCUGUGCGCGGUGGUUCACGGCUAUAAUCUUAGCACUUUGGGAGGCUGAGGCAGGCGGAUCAUGAAGUCAAGAGAUGGAGACCAUACUGGCCAACAUGAUAAAACCCCUUCUUUACUAAAAGUACAAAAAUUAGUUGGGUGUGGUGGCACGCGCCUGUAGUCCCAGCUACUUGGGAGGCUGAGGCAGGAGAAUUGCUUGAAACCAGGAAGCGGAGGUUGCAGAGAGCUGAGAUCGCACCACUGCACUCCAUUCUGGUGGCAGAGUGAGACUCUGUCUCAAAAAAAAAAAGGCUUAUUAGUUUUCUAUGAUAAAUUGAAACAGCAAGGAGAAGCCAACUAAUAAUCUGUUUUCUCCUGCUUGUAAGGGUCUUGAGGUUCUUCUCUGUUGGUGAUGCUCUGCGUGGUUACUUUCUCACUCUGAAUCACAGCACAAAAACUAUUUAGGGGAUCUUGGUGCCCUGGUGCUAGUUACUUGCAUAUGUGUGUCUGAUCCAUAGCUUCCCCUAAUGUGACCCGAACGGAUGGCAGUGGCAUGUAGAUCAUCCCAUCCCCUUGGCCUACAAAAUCAAAUGGAAAAUUGGAAGCCAAAGUUUGUGAGCUGGGUGUGGUAGCACACUCCUGAAUCCCAGCACCUAGGGAGGCCAAGGCUGGUGGAUUGCUUGAGUCCAGGAGUUUGAGAACAGCCUGGGCAACAUGGUACAACUCCAUCUUAAAAUAUAUAUAUAUAUACACAAAAAUUGGCCGGGUGCAGUGGCUCACGACUGUAAUCCCAGCACUUUGGGAGGCUGAGGCGGGCAGAUCACCUGAGGUCUGUAUUUCGAGACCAGCCUGACCAACAUGGAGAAACCCCAGUCUCUACUAAAAAUACAGAAUUACCCGGGCAUGGUGAUCCAUGCUUGUAAUUCCAGCAACUUGGUAGGCUGAGGCAGGAGAAUCUCUUGAACCUGGCUUGCAGAGUUUGCAGUGAGUCAAGAUUGUGCCACUGCACUCCAGCCUGGGAGACAGAGUGAGACUCUGUCUCAAAAGAAAAAAGAAAUGGGAAGGAUUUGUUUAUACACAGAAUAACCAAGACAAAUUUUCUUUCUUUUAUUCUGAGGCAGAGUUUUGCUCUUGUUGCCCAGGCUGUAGUGCAAUGGUGUGAUCUCAGCUCACUGUAACCUUCACCUCCCAGGUUCAAGUGAUUCUCCUGCCUUAGCCUCCCGAGUAGCUGGGAAUACAAGUGCCCACCACCACAGCCAGCUAAUUUUUUGUAUUUUUAAUAGAGAUAGGGUUUCGUCAUGUUGGCUGGGCUGGUCUUGAACUUCUGACCUCAGGUGAUCCACCUGCCUUGGCCUCCCACAGUGCUGGGAUUACAGGCGUGAGCCAAGAAAGCUAUAUAGUCUUGAAGAACAGGAAUCAAUUCUGUGCUUGAAAAUAGAAUUCUAUAGCAUUCCCCCACUGUUGCCCAUCAAAAUAGCAGGUAGAUUAAGGGUCCAGUUAUUUAGUUAACAAACAAUUAUUGAAUGAUUUGUAAGUGCUAGGAACUUAUGUGAGCACUAGGGACAUAGUGAACAAGUCUCCCUCACUUCAUAGAGUUUAAAAUGUAGUGGUGGAAGGAGACAAGCAAUAAACAAAUGUAUAGAUGUUCUGUCAGAAAAAUAUGAAGAAAAAGGUUAAUGUCUGUUUGUUUUCAGUGUAUAUCAGUUUAAGUAGGACUCACCUAAGACAGUCCUGAGACAGAUUUUAAUUUGGUGCCCUAUAAUUUUUGCAGAUAUAUUUUGAAGAAGUACAUUUUGGCUUGGAGGAAAGUUGUGCUUAACUUUGGAGCCCAGCUUUUUUGUUUGCAGGUGUGUUGCUUUGUAGCAGCUCUAGUGAUAUUUGUAGUAAUCAGCUGGUGUCCUCCAUAGGUAUGUUAGAUUAUUUUCUCUGAUUUGCCAAAUUUAUUUCUAACCUCCUGUUUGCUAACCUUGCCAGAUACAUUGUAGUAUAAUAAGCACUUUGUGGUCUCAUAUAUCCUGUUUGUUUCUUUCAUGUAAAGAGAUCAGUGUGGCUUCUUUUGGUUUUGUGUUAUCUAAGUCUCCUCUUAAUUAGAAAUAGUUAAUAGUGUUCCCAUACCACACAGAUGUGUGCUCUUCUCAAGCCCUUGUUCAUAGCCUUUUCCAUUGUGACUAUUAAUUCCAGCGUCUAAGGUAAUCCUAUAAAAUGGUACAUUGGAGGCUGCGUGAGGUGGCUCAUGCUUGUAAUGCCAGCAUUUGGGGAGGCUGAGGUGGGUGGAUCAUGAGGUCAGGUAAAACCCUGUCUCUACUGAAAAUAUAAAAAUUAGCUGGGUGUGGUGACCCAUGACUGUAAUCCCAGCUACUCAUGAGGCUGAGGCAGGAGAAUCGAUUGAACCUGGGAGCGUAGACUACAAUGAGCCGAGAUCUUGCCACCGCACUCCAGCCUGGCAACAGAGCAAGACUCUGUCUCAAAAAAAAAAGGUACAUUGGAAAUAAUUUCACUUCUUUGUAGCAUCUAAAAUGAAACUUUUUCUGUAACCCAUUCUGCUUUUCCUUAGUGCCUUUUACCUCAUUUGAGGAAUUUGUUUUGCAGUUUGGUUUGUGUGUGUGUAAAUUCCUUUAGGAAACUGAAAUGGAGAGUUUACAUAGUUGGCGGGGAGGGCUGAAUAAUUACUGGGAUUGAUUGGCAAUAAGAAGCAUUAGAUAGCUUAGAAGGAGCUCAGCCAUCUGGUUUGCAUUAGGGCAGAUUGGAGAUGGUGCAAGACCAUUGCUCUGUGAUUUUUGCCAGGAACUGAAAGUGCAUUUUGUUUAUAGUUGAGAAGACAAAUUGUCUUUCAUUUGCCUGUACAGUAGUAAGUAGAGGACACAGGGCCACUAAUCUCAGAAGCUGGGUUGAGAAAAAAUUUAUUUGGAUUAUUAUUUGCCCUUUUAAAAUACAUGAAUUGUCAUUAGAGAAUGUAGCUAGGCUGCUACUGGAUUAGCUAUACUCAUAACAUUCUCACCUCUAUAUUAUGACUAAUUUAGUAUACAGAGCUAUAAAUUUUUUUUUUUUUUGAGUUGGAGUCUAGCUCUGUCACCAGGCUGGAGUGCGUGGCGCGAUCUUGGCUCACUGCAACCUCUGCCUCCUGAGUUAAAGCAAUUCUUCUGCCUCAGCUGUCUGAGUAGCUGGGAUUCCAGGAUGGAUAGAAUGACAGAAGAUGCUCUUCGCUUGAAUCUGUUGAAGCGGAGCUUGGACCCAGCAGAUGAGCGAGAUGAUGUCCUGGCAAAGCGACUCAAAAUGGAGGGGCAUGAGGCCAUGGAACGUCUGAAAAUGUUGGCAUUACUCAAAAGGAAGGAUUUGGCAAAUCUUGAGGUGCCACAUGAGUUACCCACCAAACAGGAUGGCAGUGGUGUCAAGGGCUAUGAAGAAAAACUUAAUGGGAACCUCAGGCCUCAUGGAGACAACAGGACUGCUGGAAGGCCAGGCAAAGAAAACAUCAAUGAUGAGCCUGUGGAUAUGAGUGCUAGACGGAGUGAGCCAGAGCGAGGAAGACUGACUCCCUCACCAGACAUCAUUGUUUUAUCUGACAACGAGGCUUCCAGUCCCCGUUCCAGUUCCAGAAUGGAAGAAAGACUAAAAGCAGCCAACCUAGAGAUGUUUAAGGGGAAAGGGAUUGAGGAACGGCAGCAACUUAUCAAGCAGUUGAGGGAUGAGCUACGAUUGGAAGAAGCCCGACUGGUCCUGUUAAAGAAACUGAGACAGAGUCAGCUACAGAAAGAGAAUGUGGUCCAGAAGACUCCAGUUGUACAGAAUGCAGCAUCUAUUGUUCAACCAUCUCCUGCCCAUGUGGGACAGCAGGGCCUAUCUAAGCUUCCCUCCCGGCCUGGGGCCCAAGGGGUUGAACCUCAAAAUUUGAGAACAUUACAGGGUCACAGUGUCAUUCGUUCAGCUACCAAUACUACCCUUCCACACAUGCUGAUGUCUCAACGUGUUAUUGCACCAAACCCAGCCCAGCUACAAGGUCAGCGGGGCCCACCUAAGCCUGGCCUUGUACGCACCACAACACCCAACAUGAAUCCUGCCAUCAAUUACCAACCGCAGUCAAGUUCUUCUGUUCCCUGUCAGCGUACAACAUCCUCUGCCAUCUAUAUGAACCUUGCCUCUCAUAUCCAGCCAGGAACAGUGAAUAGAGUGUCCUCGCCACUUCCUAGCCCCAGCGCUAUGACUGAUGCUGCCAACUCACAGGCUGCAGCCAAAUUGGCUCUUCGCAAACAGCUGGAAAAGACACUCCUGGAGAUCCCACCCCCUAAACCUCCUGCUCCUUUACUUCACUUCCUGCCUAGUGCAGCCAAUAGCGAGUUCAUCUACAUGGUAGGCUUGGAAGAAGUCGUACAGAGUGUCAUUGACAGCCAAGGCAAAAGCUGUGCCUCACUUCUGCGGGUUGAACCCUUUGUAUGUGCCCAGUGCCGCACAGAUUUUACCCCUCACUGGAAGCAAGAAAAGAAUGGUAAGAUUCUAUGUGAGCAGUGUAUGACCUCCAACCAGAAGAAGGCUCUAAAAGCUGAACACACCAACCGGCUGAAAAAUGCAUUUGUGAAAGCCCUACAGCAGGAACAGGAAAUUGAACAGCGAUUACAGCAGCAGGCAGCCCUUUCCCCCACUACGGCUCCAGCUGUGUCCAGUGUCAGUAAACAAGAGACCAUCAUGAGACAUCAUACGCUUCGGCAGGCUCCACAGCCCCAGAGCAGCCUCCAGCGUGGCAUACCCACAUCUGCCCGCUCCAUGCUUUCAAACUUUGCACAGGCGCCCCAGUUGUCUGUGCCAGGUGGCCUCCUUGGUAUGCCAGGUGUCAACAUUGCAUACUUGAAUACUGGCAUCGGAGGACACAAAGGCCCCAGUUUGGCAGACCGACAGCGUGAAUACCUUUUAGACAUGAUCCCUCCCCGGUCUAUAUCGCAGUCCAUCAGUGGACAGAAAUAACGCCUGUUCCACUUGUACUGCCCCAUCCUUGAAUCCUUUAUCCCUUUCCUCUUUCAUUUCCCCAACUUCUGUCGCAUGCAGUGCCUGUACUGGUGCCUACCAUACACGGAAAGCAAAACAGAAAAACAGAAGACAAAAAAUAGAAAUCAGCAAGAAAACACGCCCUGCCCUGCCACCUCCCCUUUAUUUACACUGCUGCGAUCUGUUCUGCUGUUCUGUCUUCUCUCUUCAAUUUUCUUUAACAGUGAGGUGGAUCUACCUCUGAUAGAGGUCAGAAUGAGGUCCUGGGGAGAAUCUAAGCCCUCUGAUAUGUGUUUCUAAAGUUGUUUUAUGCUAUGAUUAUUACCAUUUUUAAUGAUGUUAUGUGUCCUCCCUUUGUUCAGUGGAUGGUUAAACCUCCCCCCCCAACCAAUCUUUUUCUUUUUCCUUUUCUUCCUUUUUUUUUUUUUUUUUUUUGUAAACACAGUGAUAUUCAGUUCAAUGAUAGGAGCAUUGCAGAUUGCAGUAGGGGUCCCAGCUGCCAAGUAGGACAUGUCUAGGAGUGUUAGGGGCAAAAGUUUUGAAUGCACUUAACUGGAGGAGGGCACAGGUUGGGGGUCAUUGAACAAGGACGAAAAGCACCCCAGCUGUGGGUGUUUGGGGGUUGGACAAUUUGAGGGGCAGUCUUUAGUCGUGAAAUUGGGCUCUAAGAAUGAGGGAAAAGAGCCUGAAGGGAGAAGCUUUAAAACAGCCACUCUGGAAUUUACCGAUAGAAGAAAGAAAGAAAGUUAUGAUGGGCUUAAUUAUGAGCCAGGGAGGACUGAAACUAGGUCCUGCCCUUCUGGGUGUUGGAGAAAUAAGACCUAUCUUCAGACCCCAGUGGGAAUAUGGAAGUCUGUUCCAGGCCAACCAGUCCAAAAUUAUUUCAUCUUGGAUUCUUUGUGAAAUUCUCCCUCACACCACCCUGCUUUUAAAAAUUGUAUCCCCUCUAAUCAUAGCCCCAUUUAUAAUACAGAGGAACGGCUGUUCCAAGGCUGAGUUUGCUGGGUGUCCCACAAGUUGGAUGGACAUGAAUGAGUCAGAAGGAAAUAGAGGAAAGAAGGGAUUUAUCUCCCAACAGUUGAGAUUCUCAUAUUUGCCUAUUAUUUCACCCUCUGAGUGCCAGGAGAUGAGAGGCUGGGAGCACAAUCAGGUUGGUCCUGUCCUUACUCUGCUGCACCAACUGCUGCACCAACUGCUCAUGUCAAAACCAGCUUAGGGCUUCUGCUGUACAAGUAGUUGUUGUUUCCCCCACCCCCAUCCCCAAUAUUAAUUUUGCCCUUUUUUGUUUUUUUUAAAGCGCUACUAAUGUAGAGAAUGAAUUGAAUUGUGCAAUGUUGCUGUUCUGGGGAUUGGGGAGAUUAGCAUCCCAUUUGCCCACACUGUGGGAAGAGGGAGUGGACCAGGCUGUUUCUGAAGUAAGGGAAGCCCCUUAAAGGUACGGGUUUAUGCUCUUCUCAUAGUGUACACCCACUUGCCUCUGGCUCGAGAAGCUGCCAGAGUGCAUUGGGGGAAAUACUCUCAGCAGAGAAGAAUGAGGGGAAGUUUAAUAUUUUGCCCUUUAAAGUCACCUGAGGAAGUUUCCCCACUUUUAUUUUUUAAAAUUAAGUAAUUUUUUUAUAGAAGGCACUUUUAAAAUUAACACACACACACAAACUGCACAUCUUCCCCAUAAAAUUUGGAGGUGGAGUGGGAGAAAGAGCUAAAAUCAGGCUCAGUUCGCCUACUCUGGCCUCUACUCCCCACACCCCAGUGCCACUGUGGGUGAUUAUACUGGCCCUACGGGCCUUCCUGGCUUUUUUCUUUCCUCCCUUCCCCCAAAUUCAUUGAGCACUUAAAGGAGCAGAGAUGCAGCCAGUGUCUGGGCUCCCCCAGUGGUGAAAUGAUCUGGAAGCUAGAUGCUAGUAACAGGUAGUGAUUGGGUCUUUUCGAGUAUUUUUCUGGGGAAUGUGGUACCCCUGACUGUAAGUGGUGGGAGAGGGAGGGGGGUUAAUGGAACUGGGUCUGGGAUUAUUUUAAAAUUAUAUAUAUAUAUAUAAAGAUAUAUUCUUACAUCUUUUCUUUGCCCUCUGUGCUUUGAAAGCACUGGAUAAAUUGUUUGGUUUUGUUUUUCUCUCUUCCACAAAAUUGGAAGCUUUUUUUUUUUUUUUUUUUAAUAUUUUCCCUACAAGUCAUCUUGCCUUGUGGCAUGUCUGUCUAGCCUCUCCCUCCCUCAUGAUGAAGUGCCAUUUCUGUUAUGUCUCCCUCUCCCCAAGCUCAGAGGUGCUCAGAGGUACGAGAUGCCCAAGUUUGUCAGUUGAGAUUAAAAGUAAGGAACAGAGAAUGUGCAAUACCGUCUGGCUGGGGGCUGUCCCUGCCCUGCCCUGAGCUGAGUCCUUUCCCUGGGAGCCAGACCACCUUAGAAUGGGGUUUGGAAGUAAGAUGUGUAGAGAUGGGGAAUCAUGGAGAAGGAAAGCCCAUAGUCGAGUGCCUGCUUAGGUGCUGAGGCCAUAGGGGAGAUGGUGGAAUCUUCCCUGUUUAUAUCCCCUCAGGGUCAGUUACAUAGAAGCUGCUUCUUGACUAGUAUAGCUCUGUGACCCUUUGUUCAACCGCUGAGGUUUGAUUUCUUACCCUCUCUUCUCCCCAGUUUUAUACUCUUCCCAGGGAUUAGUGAUGGAGGUGAGGUCUCCCUAAUCAUGGUAAAGUAUUAGCCUUCCACCUCCUUCCUUCCCUCCUCCUUCCUCAUCCUUCUGUCUCCCUCAGUUCUGUUUCUCUUUUUCAUCACUGAUUGCCUUGUGUCCCUCCAAGUCUACUUGUUACUAUCCAUCUCCAGGCUCUGGGCCGUGUAGACACUAAACCUCAUGCCCUAAGGACAGGAGGAAAGACCCUCUGUUUGAAGCAUUAUAGGAGAGAGAGGAUCCCACCAGUUCUGCCUGGCUUCCUCCAUCCCCAGAGGCACUAAAAGUAGUAGUGUACGGUUGGUGUCUUACUUCCUAGAAGCCUGAAAUGAGUGGAAUAGCAGUAAGGCUUGGGUGAAACUGGGGGACAGAGGUUCUUAUUUGUCCAUUUUAUUUUAUAAUUUGACCACAGCAUCUGGACUCCCUCCAUCCCUGGAAUAAGUAUUUUCCCCGCAUUUUUGGAUAUAUGUAUGGUAGACAAUUUAUUUUAAGACACAGAGAUAAAUGUUUUCCUGCUUUGGUUACCUUUCCUUUCCCCUUUAAAAGGAAUUAGCUAUAGAACUGCUUUGUAAAGAUGCUUCUUGAUAUUUUACUUUUGUUCCUUUUCCCCAGUCAUUCCCUUUUCUCCCCACUCCUCCAGAAGGCAUAACCCUUCUCUCCAUACCCCCGACCCCACCCCAGUCAGUCCUAGGCUCCCAUCCUUUCCAUCAAGACCUUCAUUAGCUUACGAUAUUUGCUGCCGAGAUGUUAUAACAAGGACUCAUUCGUGUAUAUAAGCUAUUUCUUGAUCCAUUUAAAAGGAAUUGUACAUUGUGUAGAAAAAAAAAAAAAACUGAAAAAGAGAAAAAAAAGCCCUAGCCAUGGAUAUUGUGAAACUGUGUUAUGUCAUUUUGUAAUGUGCCCGUUUGUGUAUGAUCCGUGCAAAAGGGUUUCUGGGGAAGGGGAGGGGGUAGGGAGGCAGGGCUGUGGAGGGUGGGUAGGGGAGUGGGCCGGGCCCAGCACACUGAGACUGGCAGCUGCUCCAACCCCAUCCCUCCUUAGAGAUGCCACCUCCCCCACCACCCACCCCUAAUUUGUGCCUUGCCUCCCCACCCUGGAGUAGUCCCUCCGGGUCACCAGCACUGCCUUGGCAGAGCCCACUCCCUACCCUAACCUGCCCACCCUCCCUACCCCCCAGCAUUAGGUUGAUACUGUGGGGAAGUGCUGGGGGUUGGGAGGUAGCCGAGGAAUGGGGCAGUUCCCGGGGGCAUCGAAACCAAGUAUUAUUAUGAAUUGUAAUUGUAUUUGCACUGUUUUUUUUCCUCUGAUUGCAUCAGCAUAUAUACAAUAUACCUAUAUAACAAAAUUCAGUGUCAAGCUUUCUUACGCAAGGGACUUCCCCCACCCCACCUCCUCAAAAAAGAAAGAACCUAGUCUCACGGGCCUUUGAGGGUGCAUUGUCAGAGGAUGAUAGAAAAGAUUUUAAUAAGUCAUCCUGAGAAGAUUUCACCUAACGAGAGCCACAUCCAUAUGCACAGUCUUAGGCAGUGUGAACUGAGGUGAGGCUGGGCUCCUGUGAAAGCCGUGACCUCCUGGUCCAGGACUGUGUAGAGUAAAAAGAACCACCAACAACACAAAAGGGGUUGAGGGGGCUGCAAUCUGGAGACCUGGGGUCUCCUACUAACUUGCUACGUGAUCUUUGGUAGUUAAUUUUCUGGGUCUCAAUUUUCUUAUCUGUGAAGUGAAGAGGGAGAUCAUCUGGCCAUCAAGUUUAAAAUUCUAUGCUUCUUUCCCCACCUGCCAAAACCCAAAAACAAUUUGAGGUGAGGGAAGUGUUGGGCUGAGAAACCAGGGAGGAAAUGAAAGUGACCAGCGUUGGUGUGGUUAUGUGUAUGACAAUGCCCUUGGAGAACUGCCAGUCCUCUACCUUUACCCUUCAUUUUGGAGAGGCAGCAGAGUAAUGUCCAGGAUGUCAGACGAGUGACGUCUUUGCCUUUAUGCCUCCAGUCAUUUGAGGGCAGGGACCAGGCCCCAAGCCCCAUCUCACAGCCAACCACAGAGCCCUUAAGGGUGGUUGAAUGCCUCAUGUUGGUGCUCUAGUUACUUACUCCCUUUGUGAGCUACAGGAUACGGAACUUCCCUCAUCCUGGUGAUAAAAUAGGAGAGCGAAGACAGCCCACAUUUUGACUCCUUUCCUCAGAUUACAUCUGAACCCCCCUAAAGGCAGCUGUUUCACAGUCUGUCUCCUUCAGGGGCCCAAUUUCCCCACAGCCUGGGCUGAGUAAUCCUGCUCUCUUCUUUAGGUUCUUGGCCAAUAAAGCCUGGAGAGGGUACAGGGUGAUGGGUGAAGCCCUGGUGAAGGUGGAAGGAUAGAUUGGGGGUGGGGGGUGGGGAGCAGGGAGGUGGGAUGGGGAAUGGCCUUCCCUGAAUAGGGUGGGUGGGAGGGGAACAAGACCCUUUUGCACAACUCUCUUUAAGUUUCCUUUAUUUCUUUUUUAACUCAUUCUGAUUUUCUGCAUUGUGUUUGGGAAAUAAAAUGAAAAAACUAAGACCAAUAGAAACUGGUUUUCAAAAAGGCAAAUACACUCCCAUCUGUUUCAGAUGCUGCUGAGCAUUUCAGCAGUGACAGAUUCAAAUAAUAAGCUAAUUUUUGGAGAAAGGAUUAAAAGAAAAAAAAACUUUGUAAUAUUUAUCACUUGCAAGCUAUGUUUAAUAAAGAAAGGAAUGGUUUCUAAA